UCCGCCUAUAUAAGCCCCGCCAGCCGCGCCAAAUCAGGGCAGAGCAAACUUUCUUCUUGCAGAGGGGAAGGCAAGCGGCCGGCGGGGAGGAAACAGGUGCCUCCAUCCAGAAAGGCAGAAAGAAAGAAAAGAAGAGAAGAAAAGGAAAAAAGAAAGAAGUAUCCCAGGGAGGGAUUGACGCCCCCCGGCAUCGCCUUGCGCCAAAGGGUUAAAGGAACAGCGCCCUCUGUCGGAGCGCGCAAGGGAAGCGCAAGGGGAGGGCAGCCCUUGACCACAGAAGAGAGAGAGAGAGAGAGAGGAAGCCUUUGAUCAAUGAAGGUUUUGUCUCUCCAGAAAGGAGGCUUAUGGGGCCACAGCGAAGCGGAGCCCAGCAGGCGAGGACGCCUCUUUCUUCCCGAGCAGCCUCCUCCUCCUCCUCCUCCUGAGUCAGGACGGUGGUUUCUGAUGGUACCCAGAAGGUGCUAGACGUUGGAGCAGCAGACAUUUGGACGUCGCAGACCAGGCAGCUGAGGAGAUUUCUACUCCACGUGGCCUCUUGGCAUCUUUCUGGAGAACUGCAAUCCAGGCUGGAACCAUGGAUACUACCAGGGGUCCCCGCAUGAAGGACACCCCUCGUGUCAGUGACUAUGCCAACUAUGACAUCAUCAUCAAACAUUAUAAUUUCACCGGGAAGCUAAAUGAGAAUGCUGAUACUGAGAUCAAAGUCUCUUCGGUGGUGUUCAUCCUCAUUUGUUGCUUCAUCAUCCUAGAGAACAUAUUUGUUCUGUUGACUAUCUGGAAAACCAAGAAGUUCCACAGACCCAUGUAUUACUUCAUUGGAAACUUGGCACUCUCUGACUUGUUGGCUGGGGUGGCUUACACAGCCAAUAUCUUACUGUCUGGGCACAAGACCUAUACCCUCACCCCUGUCCAGUGGUUUCUUAGGGAGGGGAGCAUGUUUGUGGCAUUGUCUGCUUCAGUGUUCAGCCUCUUGGCCAUUGCCAUUGAGAGAUACAUUACAAUGCUGAAGAUGAAACUCCACAAUGGCAGCAACAGUUUCCGCUGUUUCCUGCUCAUCAGUGCCUGUUGGGUUGUCUCUGUGAUUUUAGGAGGUCUUCCUAUUAUGGGCUGGAACUGCAUCGGCAGCCUAAAGAAAUGUUCCACGGUGCUGCCCCUCUACCACAAGCAUUACAUCCUCUUCUGUACCACCGUGUUCACUGGCCUCUUGUUGUCCAUUGUGGUUCUUUACUGCAGAAUCUACAUCUUGGUAAGGACACGGAGUCGCAGGCUGACUUUCCGGAAGAAUGCUGCCAAAGCCACCCGGAGCUCAGAGAAAUCUCUGGCUCUGCUGAAGACGGUGAUCAUUGUUUUGAGCGUAUUCAUCAUCUGCUGGUCUCCUUUGUUCAUCCUUCUCUUGCUGGAUGUGAGAUGCGAAGUGAGGUCUUGUCCAAUCCUCCUCAAAACUGAAUACUUCAUAGUAUUGGCAGUUCUCAACUCGGCAACCAAUCCAAUCAUCUACACCCUAACCAACAAGGAGAUGCGGAGGGCCUUCAUCAAGAUUAUGUGGUGCUGCAAGUGCCCCACCACGGACACUGGCAUCAAAUUCAAGAGACCGAUUAUUGGAGGGAUAGAGUUCAGCCGAAGUCGGUCUGACAAUUCCUCUCAUCCCCAGAAAGAUGAGGGUGACUCUCCAGAAACUAUUGUGUCUUCGGGUAACGUCACUUCAUCGUCCUAGGAGUUCUCUUUUUUUUUUGCAAAAAAGAGGUGGCAGAUCCUUUGAGGGCUGACACACGGGGGGAACAGCUCUGCUCACUUGUUUCCAGCCAGAAGGAGGACAGCCAGGGGAGAAAAGAUUGGUCUGAAGUGGGGACAUGUCACCCACCAAGGGUCAGUUGAUGAUAUAAACUGGAUUAUGGUAUAUGAAAAAACAAUGUCCUCCCUGGAAGCUUGUGAGUUGGCUUUGCAGCUAAUGGGAACAUGAAUACCAUGUUUAGCGCUGAGAAACUGAACCUUUAGUAGUCCAGCAUCUGUUGUUUGAAUGUGUGAUGAGAGACGAGGAAAAAUAUCUUCAAGCAUUCUUUGCCUCCUAUGACAAAUGUGAAUCCCUGAAACAAAGAUCUUAAAUGACAAUCCUCCCAAUUUACUAUAUGCUAAUGUUUGGGUAAAUAGAAGAUAGCACUUGAGGGUAGUUGCCUCAAGAACUGUCAAGAUUGCAAAAGAUACCUUGGUGCUUAAUCUUCUAUUGAGAGUUGGAAUUGGUUGCAAAAGAUCUCAAUGGGUUAGUCUGAGGAGAAUAACCUGACACGGUUCCCUUUUGUUAAUUCUCCCUGAAUUAGUUGGGCUGUGUCUAAAUUGAGAGAGCCAGGGUAGUGUAGUGGUUUGAGCAUUGGACAAUGACUCGAGACCAGGUUUCAAAUUUCUGCUUAGCUGUGGAAACCUUCUGGGUGAUGUGGUUGACCACAUUCUCAUUUUCAAGGGACGGCAAAGGCUAGUCUCUGAACAAAUUUUUGCUGAGAAGCACCCCCCUGAUAGAUUUACUUUUGGGUUGCCAUCAUGCAAUAAGAUUUGAAGGCCCGUGACAAAAACAGAUUUGAGUUAGGUUGGGACAGUUAAAAUUUUAAUAGAAAUGUCAUCUGAAUCUUGAAACAUCAUCGAAGUUGCGAUUGAUAUUAAUAAUUUUUGCAGCACCUCGGUAUGCAAGGUGCUUUAAGUCACCAUCAGUUUGCUUAGUCUCACUGUAAUCCUAUGAAGUAUCGUAGGCUGAGAUGACACUCAGACAUUUGGAAUUUUUAAUGGGAGGAACCAAAUCGGGAGAUGGGGCCUCCAGGCUGAAGUCUAUAGUUUGUAUUGUAUUGCACCACACUCCAGAGUAUUUGAUAAGACAGAAUAUUUGUAAUUUUGAGAAGGUGUUUAUAGUUUUUUCAUUGUCCACUGAAGGUAUUUUUGUAUCAAUUGAAUGUAAUUUGUUAUGGCAUCAAUCACUAUAGUGUGUGUACAUAUAUAUUUUUCCUAACCCGAUAUUUAUCGGGUUGAAUGUGUACUGCGUGUGGAAAUGUUAACAAGCAUAGCAACUGUCUUGCACCAAGAAUGAUACUCUUUGUCCUUCUCCAACCUAUAAUCCCAUUUAUAAUCCCAACUUGCAUUGUGAGAUCCAGUUUAAAUUAGUUUGUGGAAAGGUUUUGUUUUCGUCUUUUUUCCUGGUAAGGGCCUUUACAUUUUGCAAGAUUGUUACGUUUGUGACAAUUGUGUAGUAGAGGUGAGUUGCCAUAGAAAGAAUAGGGGAUUUAGGAAAAGCUGUCUUGGACAGAGGGCAUGGCAGCAUGCCUUCUGGAUCUAUACCUUUUUGGAGAAUUUGGAAAUCGCAAUGCAAAAGAACUAACUCCCCAAAUAUAUGUUCCUGAAGUCACCUCUGGUAUACGACUUCUACCCACAGAAGACUUCUUUUUCUUUGAGAAGCGGCCACCACUCACUGGAAAAGCACAUUUUCACACAGAAGUUUCCAGAGCUAAGGAAUAGAAAAGGGCAAUAGUGCCUCUCAUUAGUAUGUCCCACCUCAGCCGACCCCUAGUAACUUAGAGCAUAAUUGUGGCAAUAACAUGCCAAACUGUUGAAAUCGGAUUAAUGUACAAAUGUUGGUUGAAUUUAUACUUUUUUUUAUAAGACUGACCUUUUAGUAUUAUUUCCAGUGCAAUUUUUUUUAAAAAAAGAAAUAGUAUUUAAAAUGUUUCUGACUUUGUACUAUUUGCACAUAGUGACCUCUAAAUAUUAAUAAACUGGGGGUUUUGUACAAAA